AUGAUCUCUUUGAAUGAUAACAAUAUCUUACAGGUUAUUUCGAAUAUUCUGAGUAUAAUUACCAUAUCAAUAUGUUUCAUUUUGAAAGUUCCUCAAAUUGUAACUAUUCUGAAAGUUAAAAGUGCUAAAGGAUUGAACAUAUUGGCAUUAUUAAUGGAACUUUCGAGCUAUUCCAUUAUGAUGUCCUAUAACUAUAGAAGUGGUUAUGCUAUUUUGAGUUACCUAGAAUAUCCAAUAAUACUCAUACAAGAACUUAUCUUGAUUGGUUGUGUUCUUCACUAUAAGAACAUGAUACACUUAAAGAGCUUUAUUGGAGCUGGAGUUUAUUUUUCAAUAGCCACAGCAUUUUUGACUGGAAUUGUACCCUUGGGGCUUUUAGCAUUUUUAGUGCCUCUUUGUACGCCCAUUGGUGCAUCAUCGAAAGUUGUUCAAUUAGCAGAAUUAAUAAAAACAAAGAACUCUGAAUCAGUGAGUGUCCUGACAUGGUUCAUUUCAGCAUUUACCAACUUCACUAGAGUAUUCACUAUUUGCGUGGAAUCCAUGGAUUUAACUCUGUUGUUAAAUUUCAGCAUCAAUACUAUUUUGAGUAGUUCUGUGAUGAUAGCAGCUUAUGUAUAUAAACACCCUAAAAAAGAAUAA